AUGACCACGCAGUUCUGUUCCCCGAUCUUCUCCUCCGGCUCUGCCAAGAGCUUCUGCAGCACGGUUGGUGGCAUCUCUCGGAUAUCUUCCGUCCGCUCCAUGGGUUCCUGCAGGGUUCCGAGUCUUGCUGGAGUUGCGGGCUCGGCCUCGUCGGUCAGGCUGGGCCUCUCUGGCCUUGGCAGCUGCGUGCCUGGCUCCUACCUGUCAUCGAGGUGUCACCCCUCCGGCUUCCUGGGGAGCGGGGGCUGGCUCUGCGAGGGCUCGUUCAAUGGCAGCGAGAAGGAGACCAUGCAGUUCCUCAAUGACCGCCUGGCCAACUACUUGGAGAAGGUGCGGCAGCUGGAACAGAGCAAUGCCGAGCUGGAGUGUCGUAUCCGGGAGUGGUAUGAGUCCCAGAUCCCCUACAUGUGCCCUGACUACCAGUCUUACUUCAAGACCAUGGAGGAGCUGCAGCAGAAGAUCCUGCUAACCAAGGCUGAGAAUUCCAGACUGGUCCUGCAAAUUGAUAAUUCUAAGCUGGCUGCUGAUGACUUCCACACAAAGUAUGAGACAGAAUUGAACAUGCGACAGCUGGUGGAGGCUGACAUUAAUGGCCUGCGCCGCAUCCUAGAUGAGCUGACCCUAUGCAAGGCUGACCUGGAGAUGCAGGUGGAGUCUCUGAAGGAGGAGCUGCUCUGCCUCAAGAAGAACCAUGAGGAGGAAGUCAACACACUCCGUUGCCAGCUUGGGGACCGGCUGAAUGUGGAAGUGGAUGCAGCCCCCCCAGUGGACCUCAACAAGGUCCUGGAUGAUAUGCGGUGCCAGUAUGAGGCUCUGGUGGAGAAUAAUCGCAGAGACGUGGAAGCCUGGUUCAACACCCAGACUGAAGAGCUGAACCAGCAGGUGGUGUCCAGCUCAGAGCAGCUGCAGUGCUGCCAGUCGGAGAUCAUUGAGCUGCGGCGCACAGUCAAUGCCCUAGAGAUCGAACUGCAGGCCCAGCAUGGCAUGCGAAACUCUCUAGAAUCCACACUGGCUGAGACCGAGGCCCGCUACAGCUCGCAGCUAGGACAGAUGCAGUGCAUGAUCACCAAUGUGGAGUCUCAGCUGGCUGAGAUCCGCUGUGACCUAGAGCGGCAGAACAACGAGUACCAGGUGCUACUAGAUGUCAAGGCACGGCUGGAGUCAGAGAUCGCCACAUACCGCCGCUUGCUGGAAAAUGAAGACUGCAAGCUCCCCGCCCAUCCUUGCAGCACGGAGUGUAAGCCUGCCAUCAGGGUACCAUUCGCCUCAACUGUACCCUGUGCCCCAACUGUGCCCUGUGCCCCGGCCUCCCAGGUCAGCACACAGAUCCGCACCAUCACCGAGGAGAUCAGAGAUGGCAAGGUCAUCUCUUCCCGGGAGCAUAUCUUGCCACGAGCCAUGUAA